UCCGACAGUCGCUGAAGGCAGCAUCAUCUCCAUCCAGGCGAGCAUCUGUAGUAACGUUACAGUUGAUCAGAGGAGAGGAGGGCCGACCCGACCGGGUAUUUGAUCGACGCGAGAAGUUUUCAGUCGGUUUAUGCUGCUUAGGUUUGCUUUCGAGAUUUCCUGAACAACAACAGUCAUCAUGGCAGAAGCCCACCAGGCAGUGGCCUUCCAGUUCACCGUCACCCCGGAGGGCAUUGAUCUUCGGCUGUCCCACCAGGCCCUCACUGAGAUCUACCUCUCUGGUGUGCGCUCCUGGAAGAAACGCAUCAUCAGACUCAAAAACAGUGUGAUAACUGGAGUAUAUCCUGCUAGUCCCUCCUCCUGGCUUUUUGUGGUCAUAGCAAUCCUGGCUACAAUGUACACUCGUUCCGACCCCUCCAUGGGACUCAUAGCAAAGAUACAGGAGCACCUUCCCGUCAGCCAGUCCAUGAGUUCCCAGUGCCAGGCGCUGGUGUCCGCAGUGGUGUUCAGCACCAUGCUCUGGCUCCUGCUCAUCUUCACAAUGCGCCUGUGCCUCAAGCAGCUCCUCUCCUACCACCGCUGGAUGUUCGAACAGCACGGCAAGAUGUCCAACACCACCAAAGUCUGGGUGGCGCUGGUGCGAAUCUUCUCUGGCAGGAAGCCUUUGCUCUACAGUUACCAGGCGUCGCUGCCAAACCUGCCUUUGCCGGCCAUAAAGGACACAGUGAAAAGGUACUUGGAAUCCGUUCGUCCCCUGAUGGACGACGAAAAGUACGAACGCAUGACCCAGCUGGCGUCAGAGUUUGAGAGCAGCCUGGGUAACCGUCUGCAGUGGUACCUCAAGCUCAAAGCUCUCUGGGCUGCCAACUACGUCAGCGACUGGUGGGAGCAGUAUGUGUAUCUCCGUGGACGAGGUCCAAUAAUGGUCAACAGUAACUAUUAUGGCAUGGACUUCUUACAUGUGACCCCCACACCCAUCCAGGCAGCCCGAGCUGGAAACACUAUUCAUGGUUUCUUCUUAUACCGACGCAAACUCAACAAAGAAGAGCUCCAACCUAUUCGUAUCCCUGGCACUUCCAUUCCCCUGUGUUCAGCUCAAUGUGAGAGGCUGUUCAACACCACACGCACUCCUGGAGAGGAGACCGACAAUGUGCAGCAUUGGCAGGACAGUGACCACAUAGCGGUUUACCACAGGGGGCGUUACUUCCGCUUAAAAGUGUACCAGGCAGGCAGACUCCUGUGCCCACGGGAGAUCGAAUUCCAGAUCCAGAGGAUCCUCGAUGACCCUUCACCUCCCUGCAAAGGAGAGGUCCAUCUGGGCGCCCUGACCGCCGGAGACAGAAUUCCAUGGGCUAACGCAAGGACAAAGUAUUUCAGCAGUGGGGUCAAUAAACGCUCUCUGGACUGCAUUGAGAAAGCUGCCUUCUUUGUUUGCCUGGAUGAUGAUGAACAGGGCAUGAUGGGAGACGACCCGGUAGCGAGCUUAGAUCGCUACGCCAAAUCCUUGUUGCAUGGGAAGUGUUAUGACAGGUGGUUUGACAAGUCGUUCUCAGUAGUUUACUACAAGAAUGGAAAGACUGGAGUUAACGGAGAGCACUCAUGGGCCGAUGCACCCGUGUUAGCACACUUAUGGGAGACCACGUUGGCUACAGACUGUUUCCAGCUCGGUUACAACACAGAGGGUCACUGCAAAGGAGAAGUGGAUACAUCAUUAUCACGGCCACAGAAGCUGAACUGGGAGAUCCCUCCAGAAUGUGAGGAGCAGAUCUCUCAGUCCAUGGAAGUGGCCCAGGCGCUGGCUGACGAUGUGGACUUCCACGUUUUCGUCUUCAGAGACUUUGGCAAAGGAAAGAUCAAGAGGUGCAAAGUCAGUCCAGAUGCCUUCAUUCAGAUGGCUAUUCAGCUAGCUUACUACAGGUACCGGGGGACGUUUUGUUUGACGUACGAAGCCUCUAUGACCCGUCUAUUCAGGGAGGGCAGGACUGAGACAGUGCGCUCCUGCACCAAUGAGAGCAGUGCCUUUGUCCGAGCUCUGGACGGUGGAGAGCCAGCAGAUGUUUGCAGGCGCUUGUUCCGUGCAGCAUCAGAGAAGCACCAAAAUCUUUACCGCAUGGCAAUGACAGGAGGAGGCAUCGACAGACACCUCUUCUGCCUCUUCAUAGUGUCGAAGUAUCUCGGAGUAGAGUCUCCUUUCUUGAAAGAGGUACUGUCAGAGCCCUGGCGGCUGUCCACUAGUCAGACUGCGAUGCAGCUGCAGCUGUUUGACUUGGUCAACCAUCCAGAGUACAUCUCCUGUGGAGGGGGCUUUGGACCGGUGGCUGAUGACGGUUAUGGGGUGUCCUACAGCAUAUGUGGAGAAAACAGGAUUAACUUCCACAUCUCCUGCAAACACUCAUGUCCAGACACUGAUGCUCACAAGUUUGGUGCUGAGCUCAUGAAAGCUCUACAUGACCUGUUACAGCUGCUGAGCCCAAACCAGCACCAGCACGAGCCCCGCAAGACAGAAGAUAAAUCGACUGAGGUCAAGAAAGACCUGUAGGCGUUCACUCAGGGGAGGAGGAUGCUGAAGGGAAGGUGUGCACGCAUUAAUCUAACACUGGACUGUUCUGUGAGACAUUUAUAUAAUGUUGGAGAUUUUUUACAGAGUACCAUCUGUAUAUGCGUGUUAAUAGUGGGUGUGUGAGAAGGAAAAGGUCCAUAGAAUUACAAAAUAUAGAGAUGCGUUUUAUAUGGAAGCCCAUUUCUGCCAAUUUAACUGAAAAAAAGCUGUAGGUUUUAAAUAGACAUUUUACUGUAUUACAAACUAUUAACUCUGUGUUAUCAAAUCAUAAUUAUCCAAACAUGUUGAAAAGCUUUCUCUAAUCAAUGACUAGAAUUCAUAUGAGAGAAUAGAUCUGUGAGUCAAUGUGUUUUUUUAACGUUUAGAGAUAGAAAGUAGUAAAACUUUCUAAGUCAAUAUUUUACAGUAGUAAAUCAUCAUCAUUUUUUAACUUUAUUUUUUAAAGUUUUGCAUUCUUACAAAACAAGUUAUAGAACACCACAAACAUGUGGACAUUCUGAAGAGGUGCUUUUUCUUUUAUAUACAGAACCAAGUCAUUUAUUGACAAUACACCACGUCAUUUGAUUGAAUUCUUAAGUGUUUUAAGAUCGUUUAAAACAAGUUUUUCCAAAUACUACAUCAAUAUUUGGUAAAACUGAGGAUGUAUUUGUACUAGGAGUCUUUACUUAGAGAUACGUAGUACUUAUUUAGAACUAUUGUUUUAACUUAUAUGGAGAAAGUUACUCAUGACAAACGGGACCUCAUCUUUUCAGAACAUUUGUGGAAAUGGGUUUCCAGAGAAUCAAGUGAAGUUAAUUGGUUUAGUUUUAGCAUACAGUCUAUUGAAAAGAUGUAUUCAUGAGCCCUAAAUGUGGAAGAACUUAUUGUCACAUUGUGUCAUUACAAAAAGGCAAUUAUGAAUUGCACCACUCCAAAGGUUAGGGAAAGUUGUCUCGAAUGCUUUCACCUUUAAAUUUCAAUGUUCAUGUAAAUUCAACUUCAGUGUGUUUGGACAACAAUAGGUUAAACUUUCUGAGCCACGAUCUUCGAUUGAAUCGGUUUUAAAAUGCCAGUUGAAAGUGUGCGAUAAAUGCUGAGUCAGGGGGAGGAGACGUGCUUGCCUGGUGACGUGAAGUUUCCAACGUCUGAAGGCAACUCUGCUGUAACAGUGAGCCCAGGUGUUUAAAAAAAGCGUAGAAGUCUGUGACUUCUCAGUGUUUACUCUUUACAUUUAGAUCUGCUUCCUACAACAACACGAUUGUAAUGCUGUGCUGAGAGUGCCAGGCUCUUUAUACAUGUCGUGACAUAACUAUGCUCUUAUUUAUUCAUAUUUUAACUGCUUCUACAUUCAGUGCCAAAUCACCCAGGAAAUGACAUUUACAUUAUUUUUACUAAAGUAUUUAAACUGUACAUACAAAUAAAGCAGUUUAGAUUUUCUUUGAGUGGUCAGCACGUAUUUCAAAGUUACCAGGGUCUGUCACAAGUGUCACUGCACUCUUUGAAUCUGUUUUGUAGCUUUUAUUUGUAUCACUGUGGUAAUAAACAAGCACCUAAACAAUGCAAGCUCUAAGCUUUUUAUGAAAACCACACCCCGGUUUUCAGUGUCAAGCAGUGCUGCAGGUCAGAUGUGGACUAUUUGAUGUGACAUUUUGUAGCUUUGUAGCAUCUGAUUCAAAGGAUGGUGUGUGACCAGUGAUGCCCAUUCCUCUUUUAUUCUCCUUUUAUUAUUGCCUUUAUUGUUUUCUCUCUAAAUCAGUUGAGCUUGUCUCAUUGUGUUGCAUUUUGAUGCAAUAUAACACUGGAACAUAAAGCAUUCUUAAAGAAAA